UGAGAAAAGUAGCAAACAUAACAUUUUGAAUGGUUUUUAACAUCGUUUAGUCUAAUCAUGAAAAGAAGCUAAUUUUCCUUGUUUGGAAUAGAUGAACUUUUUUUAUUAUAAGAAACAAUCAUGGUUACCUUAAGUUUAUUGGUUUUAGUUUCUACGUUGAUGAUAAGUUCAGUGCUACGCACGGGACGUACCCAAAUUGCCACAAUCGUCGACACAUCAAAAUGUUUUUUUCAACCCAACUACUACGAUUGUCUUGAUGCCGAUGAAAAUUGUGCUUGGUGUACCGAUGAAUUAUAUGAAAUGCGCAAAUACCGUUGUAUGCACGAAGAAAAGCUGUUGGCUUCGAACUGUAGUGCCGAAAAAAUUCUGACCAACGAUAAUUACCACUUCAUCGAAACGCUGCUUAACGAACCACACCGAGAUUUCGAUGAAAAAAUGCAAGCCAUUCAAAUAAGUCCACAAAAAGUUCGAUUUGUUCUAGGAAAGUUGGCAGCCAGAACGGUCCCCGUUACGUAUAAGCCGGCGAAAAAUUAUCCUCUGGACAUGUACUAUCUUAUGGAUUUAACCUGGUCUAUGCGAGACGACAAAGCAAAUCUGGAAAAAAUGGGCAGCCAAUUAGCCUUAGCUCUGGCAAACCUCACUGCCAAUUAUAGGCUGGGUUUUGGAAGCUUUGCUGACAAGCCCGCUAUGCCAUUCAUACAAUCUGAACCGCACCGAUUAGCGAAUCCGUGUUAUUCUGAAAACGAACAAUGCGAACCUACUUAUGGAUUUCGCCACCGUCUAAGAAUCUCGAGCGAUAUUGAUAGCUUUAUCGAGCAGGUGAAGCAGAGCAAUGUCACCGGGAACAUCGAUAACUUGGAGGCUGGACUUGAUGCACUAAUGCAGGUACUAGUUUGCGAAAAGCAAAUUGGCUGGGGUUCAAAUACACGGAAGAUAGUCGUCAUCGCGACCGACGGUUUGCUACACAUGGCAGGAGAUGGGCUACUAGCAGGAAUUGUACGAGACAACGAUAAGCACUGCCAUUUAUCCGAGGAUGGAAGCUUUGCCCAGGAGUUGCAGUAUGAUUACCCGUCGUUGGAGCAGAUAUGGCGUGUUCUGGAGAAAACCAAAACGGCCGUAAUUUUCGCAGUAACGGACGAGAAGCAAACCUACUAUAAACGUUUAAGUGAACUCAUUCCAGAGUACACAAGUGUCGGUCAAUUACAGGACGAUUCUUCCAAUAUUAUUCAGCUAGUGAAGGAUGGGUAUCGUGAAUUUGUUAACCGGAUAAUGUUUACGGAUGAUGCCCCUGAUUACAUUCAAUUGAAAUACUUUACCGAUUGCGGAGGAAUGUAUGAAACACCUCAACCAAUUCACCGUUGUAGUGACAUAGAAACUGGGAAGGAAUAUAAAAUAGAUGUUGAAGUCUGGCUGCUGGAUUACCCCAAGGAUCCAUCAAUUUCGGAACUAACGGUUCACAUCGAAGAGAAGUUGAUUAGCAAUGAAGCAAUCGAGUUACAAAUUCAUUUAAGAUCAAACUGCCCCAACCAAACGAUGGUGGCGAGUGAGUUGUGUAAUUAUCAAGGCGAUUUCGUUUGUGGUUUAUGCCACUGCUAUACUGGAUGGAUUGGCAAGACCUGUGAGUGCAAUCUGCAGAACUCCUUAAAUCGUAAAGAGCUGCUUAAGCAAUGCGUAGCGCCCAGCAGUAUCGAUGAUCUGGGAGAUGAAAUAGCUUGUUCAGACCGCGGUGAAUGUUUGUGCGGACAGUGUUUCUGUGAGGCUCCCUUUGAGGGAGAGUAUUGUGAAUGUACUAGUUGCACAGCGAUGAAUGGAGUGACCUGCGGAGGACCUGAACGAGGUAUUUGCGUUUGUGGCAAAUGUAGCUGCUAUAAUUCAUGGAGUGGGGACAAUUGCGACUGCUCGAUGGACACAAGCACGUGUAAAGCACCUUUGGGCGACGAAAUUUGCUCGGGCCACGGAACAUGCGAUUGCGGCAUGUGCCACUGCAACGAAUCAUUUCACGGAAACUAUUGUGAAACGAAAUACGGAGAGCAAUCGCCUAUGUGUUUGAGUUUCGAGGAAUGCGUUAGAUGCGAGGUACAAGAGAAGCAUGGCAAAUCUUGCCAGGACAAAGAAGCGCGGUGUCGACAAAACGACUAUUUUUAUCAGGUGGAAUUUUCGAGUAAUGUAGAUGAGUCACAUCAAUGCGUAUUUAGAUACAAGAUUGAAGACCGUGUUUGCGACUAUAAUUACUCGUACGAGAGUAUCGGAAAGUAUCAAACGCUGAUCAAAAUACAAGAAUGCGAAGGAGUAAGAUCAGCCGGUUUUUAUGUGUCUAUUAUUGUACUGGCCGUUUUUAUCGUCGGCAUGGCUCUUGUGCUAACGUACCGACUGAAGACGUGGUACGAAGAUAAAGCCAUAUUUGCUAAGUUCGAAAAAGAGAGAGCCCAGGAAACGGAAUACCGGGAACUAAGCCCAAUUUACAGGUCACCAAUUAGCAGUUUCCAAGUGCCCCCGGAAAUGGAAACAACCGUACUAUAAUACCAAACGAUGAUCGCCAUGGAUAGCUCUCUGCUUCGGCAACUUGAGACAAAUAUCUCAAUAAAGCGAAAUACUACCGCUCAGCA